AGUCAAAGUGUAGAACCACCAAAAUAUCAGGCAGCGAAGAAGAAGCAGAGGAGAGUACAUCCGGUGUCGAGCUGAUCCGAGAAGAAGAUCUGAAGAAAAUCCACCGAAACCGAAUUAAAUCAUUAAAAUCAUGUCGCACACCAUCCUGCUGGUUCAGCCCACCAAGAGGCCUGAGGGGAGGACAUACGCGGACUAUGAGUCUGUCAACGAGUGUAUGGAGGGUGUGUGUAAGAUGUACGAGGAGCAUUUAAAGAGAAUGAACCCCAACAGUCCUUCGAUCACGUACGACAUCAGUCAGCUGUUCGACUUCAUCGACGACCUGGCCGACCUCAGCUGCCUGGUGUAUCGGGCCGACACACAGACGUACCAGCCGUACAACAAGGACUGGAUCAAGGAGAAGAUCUACGUGCUGCUGCGCCGUCAGGCCCAGCAGGCCUCAAAGUGAAGCGGCUGUCUGCUGCGUUCAAUGUUCUUUUCUUUUCCACGGCUCGUGUCACACGGUUUGAAGAUGUUUGAGAAGUUUUUAACAAAGUUUUUGAGCUUUUAGUUGUUUUCUGAUGGCAGGUGGUGUAUUUUGUAUUUGAAUGUUUGACUUAUUAAUAAAGAUUUUCUUUCAAUA